AUGGGUGAGAAGCAGGAAUGGCUCCCGCGGAUGGACGAUGAGAAGCUCUCUGUCCGCGCCACUGCACGUCUCGCCGGGGUGCAGCCUGUCAGCGUCCGCCGGUGGAUAAGGGCGGCGGAUCGGAUUAAGAAGGCGGCACCGUCCAGGCGCCGACUCAGUGGUGGAGGGAGAAAGGCAAAAUAUCCCGACAUGGAGGCGCCUUGGCCGUGCCUAUUCGUCUCAUUAAGCACUGGAGCCGGUGUGGCACAAGACGUGCACGUCGCCCCUGAGGUGGAGGAGUGGGUGAACCCACUGUUCGCCACAGCCGCGGAGGAUGAGGAGGCGGCAAAGGCUGCGGAUGCUGAGGAUGCCGGGGACUUGGAGGAGGAGGAGAAGGAGGAGGAGGAGGAGGAGAAGGAGGAGGAGGAGGAGGAGGAGGAGGAGGAGGAGGAGGAGGAGGAGGAGGAGGAGGAGGAGGAGGAGGAGGAGGAGGAGGAGGAGGAGGAGGAGGAGGAGGAGGUGGAGGAGGAGGAGGACGAUGUGAAUGACGAGGAAGAGGAGGCGGAGGGUGGGCUGGAGGAGGAUGCGAACGCUAAGUGCUUGAUGGAAUCUAACAUGACCAAGCCGUAG